GUCUGAAGCAAAAUGAAACAUGGAUGAGGAGGUCGCCGAAAGUUGGGAGGAAGCUGCUGAUAGCGGGGAAAUGGAAAAGCGGUUAGAAGAGAAGCUACGGAUCAGCCAGAAAGAAAAGGAGUCCAGUAAUAAUUCUUCACGGUCUCCGUUGAGGACCACCAUGGUAAUCCAGGACGACUCUUUACCAGCAGCCCCACCGCCUCAGAUUCGCAUCUUGAAGCGUCCUGCAAACAACGGGUCGUUGGGAUCAGCCUCGAAUCAGAACAGGCCUACACCACAGGUCAAGUCUCUGGCCCAGCGUGAGGCAGAGUACGCAGAGGCCAGGAAGAGAAUACUGGGCAGCGCCUGCCCAGAGGAGACGCCGCAGGACAAGCCCAACACUGACAGGCCAGGGCGCAUUAACUCUACAUUGCCUUCAGAGGACACCAGAUCAAACAAUCACACUGUCCGGCAGCCUGCCGGCCCAGACGGCACCCAAGGGUUCCGACAGCACAGAUAAGUUGGCCCCUGCGCUGCCCAGCCAUUGAGGGGAGAGAGAGAGAAAGAGAGAGAUUGAUUGAGGGCCACCUGAGAGCAGAGACAGCACUGUAUUUUUAAAGCUUCCUUCCUUCAGUUUUAGUGUAUUGAACGGUUUGCUGCCCCGCUCUUCCCUCUUGUGUGGAACUGAGAGGGAGAGCCGAUCUCCAGGAGGAAGUAAAACGGAUGGAAAUGUGCUCUCUCCUCUCCCCACUCGUCUGUUUGACACUGUGAUAAUGAACAUAUUCUGGACUCACUGUGAUGAUCCCUUUAAGAGACCCCACCCCACCCGUACCACCACCUCUAUCUCUGUCCUCCGUCAGCCCCCAGCAGCUCCGUCUCAGGACGCCUCCAGGGUGGAAGCAAAAGACUUAAACAAAGGACGGCUUAAGAGAAGAGAAGUGGCGGUUCCUAUAAAACUAAGAUGAGCUGGUACAUGUGCAGCAGCUUGUCCGCAGCAAUAAUACCAGAUAUCACUUGUCACACCAUAUACAUGUUUUUAAUCUUUGAGAUGUUGGCUCACUAAAAUUUUUAUCUUUAGUUUUUCUCGCUUUUCUUUUGUUUUUUUAUACUAGGGAUGCACUGAUAUCUUAUUUCAGAUGGACUAAAAGUGUGAGGAAGUUCUUUUUAUAGUACUUUCAGAUCACAAGCAACAGCUACAAGUACCUAACAUUAUUUUAACAUUUCUUUGCUGUCAUUUCUCAAAACUCAGUGAGAAAUGAAAUGAAAUCUGUCUUCUGCAUUCGAUCCAUCCUGUAUACUGGGAGCAGUGGACGGCUGCAUUGCAGCAUGGUCAUACAUUUUCUUGCUGUGAGGCAUCAGUGUGAACCACUGAUCCACCAUGCUGCAUUCUACAUAUAUCACCAAGAGCUAAUUCAUGAAUUAAAACAGUAUAUAAUGAGAUUUUUUUUUUUUUAAAUAAAUUGAGCAAUAUCUGCAGAUUUUAUGAAAUGGUUAACAUAAUUUUUCCACCUUUUUCUUUCGUAGUGAAAGGGUCCCAAACCGUUUAGGUUUAAACAAACACUGUUUUGUGGGCUGCAGUUGGUGGUGUUUGAUGUCUUAUAGUAAACUCACUGCUAACGCCGAGUACUUGUUUGGUACCUGCCCGGUAACAUUAUCAGUGCACCCCUAAUAUGUACAUUGCCAUCUGUUUUUUUUUUGUUUUUUUUAAACUGAGGGAAAGGAUGUCGUGUGUCAAGUUGUAUAUCUGACAAGUUCUGUUUACGGUUUUUGUUUGUUUUUUGUUAGUUUUUUUAAUUAAGCUUAGCAGCUGUCUUCCUCGGACUGUCAUUUCAUUGUUUCUAUUUAAAAGUAAAAGCAAAAAAACACAAAAAACAGAACAGAAGGUUGAUUGUGGAUUGAAGUCCAUUUUAAGUAGCUUUUCUGCCUUUUUGUAAGAGACGGCAGUGACGUCGAGCAGUAUUUUAAUCAAAACAAAACCAAAAGCCCAUUUUAAAAUCACCCUGUGUAUAUAUAUAUCAGUUAAUUCAGACGUUAUUUUAAGUUGGUGUCGGCAGCAACUCAAGGGAGGGUCAGAUGGGGAACGAAUUUACUGCUGUACUUCAUAAGCCUCCUCCGUCAUAUCACCUCGUAGGCGGCAUGCUCCUUUUUUUGUGUCCUUCACUGACGGACAGUACGCAGGAACUCAGGUGCAAGUGAACCAGACUGAAUGAAUGAAAUGAACGAAGAUUGUAUUUUUUUCUUCCAGCGGGGUUGAUUGCUCGAACAGCAAAUGUCCGUAUUAAAGCUUGAGUCGAGUGUGAGGGGAAAUGGAACUGAAGCUAUAUCCACGUCCUAAGAUGAACUAUCAAAUGCCAGUCUGUCGGUUAAUUGUUAAUUUUUUUUGUCUGUUCACUAGUCUGACUGUUGGCAUCGUGGGCACAGUAAGAAAGAGUAACAUCACUCCCUGUUUGAUUUUUCACUAUCUGGCAUUUUAACAGAUGGUCCAUUGCUGAUAUAGAACAUGUAGAGAUGUGACCCUGACAGAAAAAUGACAACCUGGCUGUCCAGGGCCACUGUGCCCAAUUGAUGUUCUUAGUUUCUCAACUUUUUAUCUGUUCAAACAGAGAAGAUAUCUCAAUAAAGCCAUAUUCAGUGGUGCACAUCCAUCAACAGAAACGUUAUUGUAAUGGUUAAAAUUCAGCUUGUGCCUCCCGUAUCACACCUUUACUUCCUGGUUGUCAAUUUUGUUACUGUAGUACAAGUAAGUGAAAAACUGAAUAUAUCAGAGGAAGAAUCGAGAAUACUGGAAAGAGAUUUUUAGUUCAGGAAAAUCUAGCAGCAGUGCAGGAGACAAGACGGGUUUAGCUGAGCUCUGAGUGAGAACACAAACUGCCUGUAAAUACAGAUUUAAUAAAAUG